CUCUCCGUCUCCUAAUUUUCCUUACCGUCUGCAACCCCCCGUUAGAAAAGUCAGAGCGUCCAACUCUUUUUCCCGCUGCGUACAGUCGUACCAGUCCCCGCCUACUCGACGCUUUUCCCAGCGUCCCUGAUCCUGGCUUGGUUUCUCCCACACUCCAAUUACCUUCUUGCUCCCUUUAUGGAGUCACUCGUGACGGUUUCCUCCGUGUGUACAACAGCGCCCAACCAAGGAAACAAAAUCACUCUUUCGAUAGCGAGCAAUGGUGGCAGCAGCUUCUACCAAGGACGACGACUUCCAGCCAUUCCCUAUCAAGGAUCAGCUCCCCGGCGUUGCGUAUUGCGCCAAUAGCAAUCCGUGCUGGUAUGAAGCAUUAGUUUUAGGAUUUCAGCAGUAUGUGGUGAUGCUUGGCACCACCGUCACCAUUCCCACCCUUCUUGUUCCUCUGAUGGGCGGUGGUGAUGUGGAGAAGGCCGAGAUGAUCAACACAUUGCUCUUCCUGUCGGCACUAAGCACACUCUUACAAACUUGGUUUGGCACUCGGCUUCCCGUCGUGAUGGGAGGAUCCUAUGCAUUCGUUAUCCCAGCAAUGUCCAUCGCUUUAUCGGUGAACAGUAGCAACAGCAGCGCCAAGCUAAGCGACCAUGAUAGGUUCAAAAAAUCGAUGGCGGCCAUACAAGGGGCGAUUACGAUUGCAUCAUUGUUUCAAGUGGCGAUUGGUUAUUUUGGUCUUGCUAGAGUUUGUUCUAGAUUUCUAAGCCCUCUCGCUGCUGCACCACUUGUGAUACUCACUGGUCUUGGCCUCUUUGUGCAUGGCUUCCCACAGGUGCCAACUCUUCCAUUUCUUUUAGCCCUUUUUUAACUAUUCUUUUUUAAGACAGAGAACAACAAAUGAACAUUAAGUAGGCUUUGCAUUCUCCUUCUGAGUUCAGAUCUGCUGAUAUUCUCGUUAACAACCGUUACAUGAUUGAACUUUAGGGAGAUGGUGUAAGACUUCAUCAUCUGAGAAAUAUCUUGUUUUGAUUUGAGUAAUGGCAUAUCAUUUAAGCAGCCUACACUUACCAUUUACCACACAACAUUGAUGUCUACAUGUGGAAUUUUAUUGCCUGGAGAAGCGAUUGCUAUUUCAAAGGUGGCGAGAUGCGCUGAAGUUGCACUUCCAGCACUAGUUUUGUUGGUUUUCUUGUCUCAAUAUCUUCCUCACAUGUUGAACUCAAAAAGAACGAUAUCAGAUAGAUUUGGUGUCCUUAUCACGGUAGCAGUGGCAUGGUUGCUGGCAGAAAUAUUAACAGCAUCGGGUGCCUAUGAUAAAAGCUCGCCCAAGACGCAAACAAGCUGCCGGACUGAUCGCUCUGGGCUUAUUAGUGCAGCUCCCUGGAUAAAGUUCCCAUAUCCAUAUCAAUGGGGAAAGCCCACUUUUGAUGCGGGCUUUGUGUUUGCUAUGAUGGCUGCUUGUCUAGUUGCUGCUAUUGAGUCUACAGGCACAUUUGUUGCAGCAUCAAGGUAUGCUAGUUGCACGCCAGUUCCGCCUUCAGUACUCAGUCGCGGCAUUGGUUGGCAGGGUGUAGGAACUUUAUUGAAUGGCUUGUGUGGGGCUCCAACCGGAUCUACAGCUUCAGUCGAGAACGUUGGUCUUCUGGGAUUAACGCGAGUUGGAAGCAGGAGAGUUGUUCAAGUAUCAGCAGGCUUUAUGCUUUUCUUCUCCAUCUUAGGAAAAUUCGGAGCUGUUGUUGCGUCCAUUCCCUUGCCAAUUUUCGGAGCUGUUUACUGUGUCCUUUAUGGCUACAUGGCUUCAGCUGGCGUAGGACUUCUGCAGUUUUGCCACCUCAACAGCUUCCGGUCAAAGUUCAUUCUCGGGUUCUCCCUCUUCCUGGGUCUUUCCAUCCCGCAAUAUUUCAGUGAAGUUGUCAUAGUUACUGGUCACGGCCCUUUCCACACCAGCUCCACCUGGUUCAAUGACAUGAUGCAAGUGAUAUUCACAUCCCAAGGGACCGUGGCCUUCCUGGUUGCUUUCUUCCUGGACAGCACACAUACUCGCGGCCACAAAUCGACAAGGAGAGACAGCGGAAGGCAUUGGUCCGAGAAAUUCAUAUAUUUCUGCCAGGACACCAGGACUGAAGAAUUCUAUUGCCUUCCUUACAACCUCAGCAACUACUUCCCUUCUUUCUGAAUCGAACCCCUUCGUGAUCAGAUAAGAGAGAGAGAGAAUUUGAAGCUCUUAAGGGAAGAUUAAUUAGAUCUCCCAUCCCUCAAGAUCCAUUGAAUAUUACUUAAUAUUCAAUUCAAUUUAGAAAUUCUAAAGAUUUGUAUAUAUGUUAUUAUAAAGAUAGUAAUUCACUUGAUAAUGAAUUCUGGACUAUACUCCAUUUUAAAUGGUUGGUUAGUCUGUAGAAAGUAAAAAUACAGCAAAAUGUUUUUUUUUUUUACU